AUGUCUUUCAAAGCUGCAGCCGUCAUUCUCCUUUCUCUCGCCUCGACCUCCUUGGCAGCUCCUUUUUCCAAUGGCACAAGUACCACAAGCUCCAUAGCUGCUUCUGGUACCGGCGCCUCUCUUGCAGCUACCGGUAAACCCACCACCUUUACAGGAGAUGGAACCCCAGGCGCUGGAUGGCCAACUGAGGACAAAUGGGCCACCUAUUCCGCAAUUCUCGCCGCCAACCAAAAAGUUCUAUCUUCAUCCUGUACCCAGUUUAACAAGACGAACAACACCCCCGGUGAGAUCAAGGACAUCGACACAUCCAUCCAAUCAGUCGCCAACACCACUGGUGUCGACCCCCGCUUCAUCCUCGCAGUCGUCAUGCAAGAGUCCAAAGGCUGCGUCCGAGUCCAUGACACCCUCUCACCUCCACCGGCGCAGAUCCGCAACCCUGGCCUGAUGCAGGAUCACAACGGAACCAACAGCUGCGCCAACACUACCGUUCCCUGCCCUCCCGCUACCAUCACGGGGAUGAUCAUGGAUGGCACCAACGGCACCGUUGGUCUUGUUGGCGGCGGUGAUGGAAUCAAGCAGACUCUUGCUCAAGCAAUCACGGAAGGUGGCAAGGAUGCCCAAGCGACCUAUAUCGCAGCCAGAAUCUACAACUCCGGCUCUUAUACUUUCGGAACGGAUCUUGGUGGUGGUCAAGCUGCUACCUCAUCUUAUGCUUCGGAUAUCGCGAACAGAUUGUUGGGUCUUUCUUUCUGA